AUGGUGAUUGACAGGCUGCAAUUCAUCCUAAUCCCUCUCAAAAAAGUAACUGUCUUAGAAUCUUGCAAAGAGACCUUACAUUGCACAGCUCAGGGGUCAAUAGAGAUCGUCUGGAAAAGAGUGGGUAAACAAAUGUCUCAAAAUCAUGUUGUUUAUCCAAACGGAACCUUGCUUCUGACAAACCUUUCUCCAAAUGAUGCUGGUUCGUAUACAUGCAUAGCGAAAAACUCGCUGCGGUCUAUUGAAGCAUCAUCUGUUGUCGAAGUGCCCAAACGUAAACCCACAUCCUGUAGCGGUUUAAAAUCAAGCUGCAGAGAAAAAACUUCAGGUAAUUAUAUUAUUGACCCUGAUGGCAAAAGAGGCGUGACCCCGUUCAGUGUGUAUUGUGAUAUGAGUGACAGGGGAGGAGUUGGCGUGACAGUCAUAAGUCACGACGGUGAGAGUAGGACACAUGUGAGUGGAUAUGCAUAUCAGUGUCGAGGUUGUUACAGUAAAAAUGUGACCUACACUAGAGUUAGCACAGCUCAGUUGGCCUCACUCGCUCGAGUCUCACAGAAAUGUGAACAGUUUAUCAAGUUUGAAUGCAAUAAUGAUGUUAUAUUUAUACAGCAGAAUGGUGCCAGGUGGUUGUCACUUAACGGAACACGCAUGAACUACUGGGGUGGAGCUACAGGGUACAAAAACAUGUGUGCAUGCGGAGUUAUAAACUCGUGCUCUAAUGGUAAGAAGUGUAAUUGUUACAACAGUGCCGAUGGGUGGAGAGAGGACAGCGGUCUGAUGACAAAUAAGUCCGCUUUACUUGUGACUCAGAUCAGACUGGGCGACUUUGACCAAUCACAAGAGGAAGGUUAUCACACAUUAGGCAAACUCAAAUGUUAUGGACAAGCUUAA